AUGUUGGCUGCUCUCCGAUCUCGUUGUUCACCGUCACUUCUAGAACAAUCAUGGAAGCUAGGUUUCUCUGCUCCCAAUCGCUUCUUCGCUGCCUCUCCUUCUUUUUCUCCGGCCUAUGAUAUCUCAGAGGUUCUCACGGUUUCCGAAGUGGAGAAGAUACUCGCCGACGUGAAAGCUGAUAACGUCACGGUGAUCCCCACAAAGAAUCAGUGUUACUGGGCCGAUUUCGCCAUCAUCGCCACCGGAAGAUCCGACUGGCAUUUAAGGAAUAUUGCUCAGGCUCUAGUCUACAGGGCUAAGCAAAAGCAGAAAGGAGCCAAACAAAUAAUGCUGCCUUCUGUGCAAGGCUACCACAGCAAGUGGAUUGUCAUUGACUACGGAAAGUUUGUAGUCCAUGCACUUGAUGAGAAGGCAAGGGUUUAUUUCAAUUUGGAAAGCUUUUGGACUGCUGAGAAAUCUGAUAAUGAUCCUUCAGAUCAGGAUCUCCAAAACGCUUUUGUAAAGGUCCGACCAAAGAACAACUCCAAAAGGAAACCGGCUAAGGUGAAUUCUUGA